CAAAUUGGUUUAAACUAGCUAGUAAAUACGAUAUUGGAUAUUGAAUAUUCAAUGUGCAACCUUUUGACACGUACGCUACAUGUCGAAAAUAUCUUUUAAAAUUACUUUAACAUCUGACCCCAACUUACCUUUUAAAGUACUCAAAGUUCCUGAAAGUGCACCUUUUACUGCUGUUCUGAAGUUCGCUGCAGAGGAGUUUAGUGUUCCAGCUGCGACAAGCGCAAUCAUCACGGAUGAUGGAAUAGGUAUAAACCCCCAACAAACUGCAGGUGAAGUGUUUUUGAAGCAUGGGUCAGAAUUACGAUUAAUCCCUAGAGAUCGUGUCGGUAAUCUGUGAUAUUUUUAUACGGUGUGUUGGAUGACUUUUCGUACUUUUGAUUUGUGGUCACUUUGUUGUAUGUCUUCUCUGUAUUUACUAAUAUCAAAAUGAUUGUAUUGCUAUUUCCAAAUAUAUUUAAAUGCUGAUGAUUUAUUUACCCUUCUUUAAAUCUACUGUUUUGUGUAGAUGUGUAAAAUAAGCGUUUUGAUGCUGUUA